AGGGAACUACAACUCCCAAGAGGCCCACGCGGCGCCGCCAUUGCCGCUCGUGCCACAGCGCCCCCUGCCGGCUGGGCGGACCGACCGCAGGGAAAGCGGGUCCUGAGGCCCCCCCUAACCCCAGAGACCCGCAAAACUCAGCACAAAGAGACCCCACAGGGAGGGGAUCCCGGGGUCCCCUAAAGCCUAUCAGUGGGGUUCAAGGGGUCUCCCAGCCCUCAGGGGAGGAGUCCUGGUGGUGCCACCCAAAGUCUUGUGAGGGAGAUGAACCACAUCCAGGUUAAGGGAUCCCAGUGCCCCCAGUAUAGCCCAGUGACCUCCCAGUGGCCCAGUAACCCCCCCAGUGACCACUCAGUGUUUCCCAGUGACCUCCCUCUACCCCUCAGUAUGGCCCAAUGAUCCUCCAGUGAGCACCCAGUAAGGCCCAGUAACCUCCCAGUGUCCCCCCGUGUGUCCUGGUAAUCCCUCAGUAAUCACCCAGUCCCUCCCAGAGCCCUCCCACAUCCCUCAAUAAACCCCCAGUCCCUCCCAGUGCCCCCUGGUUCCCCUCAGUGUGUCGCAGUAACCCCCAGUAAUCACCCAGUGCCCCCCAAAGCCUCCCAAGUGUCCCCAACGUGUCCCCAGAUGCCCUUGACCUUUUUGGCAGCACAUGCUGGAGGCUCUGUCCACAGGGGAUAGAUGUGUCUGUGCAGACAGAGAGACAAGGUUCCUGUGCUGGAGAGCAGGCCCUGAGGUGGCCCUGAGCAAUGGCCCGGAGGUGAGCCCAGAGCUGUCCCUGAGGUGGCCCUGAGAAGAAGUGGAAGGCAGAGGUGGUGCUGAGGCAGGAGAGCCCCGUGCUGGGGAAGAGGCUGAGCUGGGAGUGCCCAGCAGCGAGAAGGUGCUGUGUCCAUGCCCUGUGUGCCAGCAGGAUUUGUCCUUCCCAAAGCUUGGGUGAAUGGCUACAAGGAAGAGGAAAAAGCCACGGGCCCACCAGGCAGGACCCGAGCUGAGGACGGAGAGCACGGAGGACAAAGCCCCCCGGCAGAGCCUGGUGGGAGAGGCCGUUUUGAAGGGCUCCCCGGCGCAGGAAGGCAGCGGGGAGGAAAAGGCCCGGAGAUGCAAAACCAGCCCAGGGAGCUCUGAGGAGGAAAGACCCGUCCUGUGCUGGGAAGGCGGCCAGAGCUUGAGCCGGAGCUCGGAGCUGGUGGUCCCUGAGCAGCCUCCCAGCAGGGAGAAGCCCUUCAGGUGCUUGGAAUGUGGGAAGAGCUUCAGCCAGAGCUGGAACCUCCUCACCCACCAGCACAUCCACACUGGGGAACGACCCUACACAUGUGAGGAAUGUGGGAAGGGCUUCAGGGACAGCUCCAAGCUCCGCAACCACCAGCGCAUCCACACCGGGGAACGACCCUACAAGUGUGGGGAGUGUGGGAAGAGUUUCACUGAUAGAUCCAGCCUGAUCCAACACCAGAGUAUCCACACUGGUGAACGGCCCUACAAGUGCUUGCAAUGUGGGAAGAGGUUUAGGACCAGCACACAUCUCCUUAUGCAUGAGCAGACACACACAGGGGAGAGACCCUUCCGCUGCACCGACUGCGGGAAGGGCUUCAAACGCAACUCCCACCUCGUCGGCCACCGGCGCAUCCACACCGGGGAGAGGCCCUACAAGUGUGAGGAGUGUGGGAAGAGCUUCACCUGGAGCCGUUCCCUGACCCUACACCAACGGACCCACGAGUAAGAAAAGCCCUCUGAGUGCCCCGACUGCGGGAAGAGCUUUGGUCGCUGCUCCCACCCCGAAUGACCCCCUGAUGGUGAGGCAACCCCUGGAGUCCAGUGACUGUCAGUCCAUCCCUUUCUACCAGAAAGGGACAGUCCCCUUUGCCAGGGACAGGUUGUGCCAACAGAACCCUUCUUGGAGGGUGUGUGGAGAUUCCUGCCUUGGCUGGGACCCCGCAAGGUCACUGUUGGAGGUUGAGAGCAGAGAUCUCCCCACGAGCGAUGGUCUGGGGGAGUUCCGUCCAUCUCUAAUUCAGAAUUCUUGCUUUGGUGCUAGCUUGAGUACAAUUGCUUCAACAAUUGCUUUAGUGUAGAGCACUUUCCUAUCUUACACUGUACUACUGGUAGUUUUAGUGUUUCUAUUGUGCAGUAAAUAAUUCUGAUGAAGAUGUUUUUUCUGAUCAUUUUUUACCCUAAAUAUUUCAUUUCUAUCAAUAGAUCUGAUUUGCCAUCCUUAAAACCUGGGGGACAAAAGUGGUUCAGUCUCACCUCUGUAAUUCCUCUAAACUGUAACUGUUGGCAUAACCCAAGACUGAGAUUGGAUCCAGCAGCCCCCAGCAACCCACCGUACGUUGGGAGCUCAGGGGACCACCCCCUUUUGUAAAUCCUCCUUUUCCCAAGAACCCCCAUGGGACUGUCAGAGCUGCCAGACCACCCCCACUUUUCUACCCUUCUCCGUGUUCCUCCCACUUUUCCAUGGUUCCCUGUUAUAAUCUGCUUAAAUAUUGCAGAACAAACUUUAGAUUUGCAUAUUCCCUUGAGCAAAACUAAAACUCACAUAAGUAUCUGUUGAUACCAAAAACUGAUUUUAUUAAUUGCUAAGAGAUGCAAAGAGAACGAGGGAAAAAAAAGAAAAGGUUAGAAAAUGCUAAGAUUAUUUCUAGAUGCAGAGAAAAGAUACCACUGAAAACUUCCUUUACCCGCUGAACUGGUGUAUGUGGCAGAGGAGAAGCAGUUUCUGCCUUUUUUUCUGUCCCUGCAGCUUUUGGAUGUUGUCUCUGUAGCUGCAGGGGGUCUGACAGCUUUAUUUCUCUGCAAUGCACCUGUCCCAGGCCAUGCAGGGUCUCAGCUCAGCCGAAGCUUUGGGCCCUCAGAAAUAUGGUCAGGGUAGAAGGAUAAGGUAGAACUCCCACAUGUGGCACGGUGGUCUCAGCUCUCUCCAGGCCGGCACAGUUCCAGUCUCCGGUGGCAGGCAGGCAGCACGCGGUGGCAGAGAAAAGGUAAGGGGAGGUGGGCAGAGAUUCUCGGCUACAGUCACCAGUUCUUCUCCUUUUCCUCUCCCUCAUUUUCCAAAAUUUGUCCUCAACGUUUGUAGUGUUCACAGGAGGUUGAACGUGGUUUCUUGGCACGUAGCCGGUUCAGAUGCUAAAGGAGAUAUGAUAACCAUAAACAUAUAACAGGAUCUUUUGGCAGGAAGAGUCCCGUGGGAAGUCCUGGUGGGAACUUCUGUCAGAGAAUGUUUGAUAGGAAGUUUUUGACAGGCAGAAACAAUUUUUGUCAUUUCCAUAUUAUGUGUGUUACAUAAGGUUGCCAUGGUAAGCAAUGUAACAGGAAAAGCAUUUUGGUUACCAUGGUAACUGACCGUAGCAAUGGGAUAGUAUGAUGGUUGCCAUGGUGAAUGGCAUACCAAUAAGAAUGCAUAAUGGUUGCCUUAUUAACCAACCCUAGCAAUGUAAAUGCACAAUGAGAAUGCAUAAUGGUUGCCAUGGCAAAUGAGGUCACAAUGGGAAUGCACAAUGGUUGCCAUGGUAACCGCUUGUAACAAUGAGAAUGCAUAAUGGUUACCAUGGUAUAAGGGGGUACUUUUGAUUUGAUGAUCAGUGGAGCACACAGGGGUGACAAAGUGAUUAUAUUAGGGUGUGAAACCAGCCAGAAUGGUACACAAGGUAACUUUAUUGCCCAAGUUCACUGUAAGACCCAUUGUGCCUUUAGCAAAGUUAACUGCAUGUCCCCCAUUAGCAGAGCUGAGUUCCUCCUUGGCUUGGCUCCACUCUGCAAGAUACAAAUCCCCUUGAAACACAAUGGUACAGGUCGUCCAUAGGGCUGAGGAAGGUGAUGGAGAGGAAGAUGAUGUGGGCAGGGGUCGUUGGCAACUUACCCUACAGUGGGGCACGCCCAGACUGUUGCCAUGAGGUGAUGAACGGGCGCUGUUUGGCUGCCACUCAAGCACCACCUUCUGCUGCGUCCUGGCCCUACGUAGUGUAAUGUAGAGCUGAUGGAAUGGGGUGUCAGCACUGCUGGGUGGAGCGAUGCUCAUCCUUCCAUCCACACUGUGCUGCUCCGCGGGGACACCCGCCAAGCACGGGCACCGACCAGCCCUGCAGAGCCUGGUAGGCCUGGCCUGUCUGUGCAGGUGAGUACAGUUUAUUGAUAGGAAGCAACAGGGAAAGCAAACAUUUUAUAUCCUUUUUCCUGUAUCCUUUUAAUUCCCUUUUUACUAGCUAAUGCUAUAAUAGAGACUGUUUGUAUUAUUGUAUGAAUGCCAACUGAUAAAAUAGUGGUUUUUCUGUUCUUUUUCAGAUUCUCUUAGCUGGUAGUGUUUUUACUCUCACUGCAAUAAAAGAUUUUUUGUAUUGUUUCAA